AUGGACCUGAUCGUGAACCAACCUGUCGUUAUAGACAAUGGUUCCGGUGUUAUUAAAGCCGGAUUCGCCGGCGAUCAGAUACCAAAAUGCAGAUUUCCGAACUAUAUAGGUCGUCCGAAACAUGUUCGUGUUAUGGCGGGUGCUUUGGAAGGGGAGUUAUUUGUUGGACCGCGGGCCGAGGAACACAGAGGACUGCUAACCAUCAGAUAUCCCAUGGAACACGGGAUCGUUACCGACUGGAAUGACAUGGAAAAAGUGUGGAAUUAUAUAUACAGUAAGGACCAAUUAUCAACAUUCUCCGAGGAGCACCCCGUGUUGUUAACAGAGGCUCCGAUCAAUCCUCGUCGUAAUAGAGAGAAGACGGCUGAAGUUUUCUUUGAGAGUUUCAAUGUACCGGCUCUGUUUCUAUCAAUGCAGGCGGUGCUCAGCUUAUACGCGACUGGAAGAACAACAGGUGUAGUGCUAGAUUCUGGAGAUGGAGUGACCCACUCGGUGCCCAUAUACGAAGGGUUCGCCAUGCCUCACAGCAUCAUGAGGGUGGAUGUGGCCGGGAGAGAUGUCACCAGAUAUUUAAGGUUGCUUCUUCGUAAGGAAGGUGUAAAUCUGGAGACAUCAGCUGAAUUGGAGAUCGUGAAGUCUAUUAAGGAGCGCGCGUGUUACUUGUCACCCAACCCUCUUAAAGAAGAAGCCUUGGACCCGGAGAAGGCGCAGUACACACUGCCGGACGGAACACAGCUAGAGAUCGGUCCAACUCGUUUCCGAGCGCCAGAAGUUCUUUUCCGUCCGGACCUCAUAGGAGCGGAGUGUGAAGGUCUUCACGAAGUUCUGAUGUUCGCUAUCCAGAAGUCGGACAUGGACCUACGGAAGGUGCUGCAUCAGAACAUAGUGCUGUCCGGAGGCUCCACGCUGCUGAGGGGCUUUGGAGACAGACUGCUGGCGGAGAUUAGACGACUCGCGCCCAAAGACAUGAAGAUCAGGAUCUCUGCUCCCCAAGAGCGAUUAUACUCCACCUGGAUAGGUGGCUCGAUCCUCGCGUCCCUGGACACCUUUAGGAAGAUGUGGGUGUCCAAGAAGGAGUACGAAGAGGAGGGACACCGGGCCGUGCAUAGGAAGACGUUCUAG